AUGCACCUGCAUUUGCGACAUACUCGUGGAGUGGAUGCUAAAGGACGAAUGCAUAUCACAGCAGAUGAAAUGGCUGAGAUCUACAAAAGCUUCCAUGCAGCACUUAACGAAACGUACUGGGAAACAGCUUCCAACCAUAAAAUUUGUACCGAUGUGAUGGAAACAUUGAAGACAACACAUAUCUCAAAGAAGAGUGGAAGGUUUCUUCUUCUGUUUACUUCGGCUCUUUCUGAAGCUUACAGUCAUGCAAAUUACAAUGUUCAAGGGUUACUGUAUGAUGACAGAGAUAUUGUGCGAGCCAAUUAUUGGUCGGAUAUAUUAUUGUUUUACAAGGCUGUGAUGACGAAGGCAGAUCGAGUGAAUACACAAAGUAAAUGCUGUCAUUUACUGGCUUUACUACUUCACUUUGCCUCAUUAUAUAGCCUCUACAAGGACGUCGCUGAGGAGGUGAGUUUUUAUACUAAGAGAUUGGAUAUCCUUCAAGGCUAACA